UUGGUACAACCUGAAAGUAGCGAUUAAAUAAAAUGUUAAAAGUAAAAUUAAAUUGAAAUAGAUUAAACAAAGCAAAAAACGAAGCUAAAUUUUAAUCAAAAAUAAAAUGCAAUAAUUUUCUAUAUUUAAGUGAGUCAAAUUACGGUCAAAAUGUUGUGCAAUUUAUUUUUAAAAAAUCAAUUUUCUAAUAAAAAAUGCUAAUUCAUGAAAAAAAUGUGUAGCUAAAAUAAGGUUACACAAUAAAACGAUCUGAUGCCCCAUAUGCGUAACUGAUGUGUAAAACAAACAAACAAACAAACAAAAAAAUAACACUGACUUCCUGUCACGUGUCUGACACAGUGAGAUCACAUGACCACAGUAAACGAACAUGAACGCUCCGUACAGCUGGAUAGAGAUAGUAGCGCUUGUUUUGAUCUUUAAUGUGUGUUUUAGUACAAGUUACCAACGGACUGAGACACAGCCGCAGGUUUGCGAGCUGUGCAGCGGAUCCGUUCGAAACAACAGCACAGUGGAUCGGUUCUGCUCUUGGUCCGCGGGACGGAUCCAGGGGAGAUGUUGUCUGAGAAAUAACAGCAUGGGCGACCCUGAACGCAUCAUCGGGUUGGACCUAUCUAAUUGUUCUUUAACUCAUGUGGAAAAUCUUCAGGGAGCGUCCACAGUAGUCAUGAUAGACUUCUCCCUCAAUCCAAUCGUCAACAUCAGCGACACAGUAUUUCAAGGGUUUGGUGACCUAAACUUCAUGAUUUUACCACCACACGUUGUUUGUCCUGGAGGGAACACUUCUUGGGAAAAGGUGGAACUCAAAGAGGGAAACCGUCUUUGUGAGGGGCAAAAAAACAUGUGCAACCAGACGGGACAGCCGUCGGUUUAUUGUCCGGAAAACUCCCUCUGUGCCCCGAAUGGCCCCAGCUUCUACGAGUGUGGCUGCGCUGAAGACUUUUACGGAUACAAGUGUCUGCGACAGGGUGAUUUCCCAGCACUCGUAGUGUUUGGACCUCUGGCGGCAUCUACAGUCGUGAUCUCCUUCUUGCUGUGGCUCACGCAGAGACGGAAGGCCAUAUCCCUGUGAAUCACAGCUGACGUUAUUGGCCGUCAGAUCAGAUGAAACUUGAAGGAACAACGCUGACAAAGUCUAAACUGACCAUAAGUACAGUAUUUUAUAAAUGGUAAAACAAUUUAAGGAAGCAGCUAGAUUUUAUUUUGAAAGAUAUACAAAGAACUGACUUCCUUUUCCUGGACGGGUGAUAUUUGAAUGCUUUGAUCCACUGUUACCACUUUAUUAAUACUGACGGGACUAACCACUGAAUGUGCUGCAUGUGUGCCGGUUUACACAGAACUUUUGAAUCUUUAGAAAAAAAAGAAAAAAAUUCAAAUUAUGGGGAUUUUUUUCCUUUGAUUUUACAAGUUAUCUGAACAGCAAAGUGUUCAAAUCCAUUUGAUGCAAAUAUAAUUGUAUCUUUUAAAAGGGAAACUAAAACAGACCUGUUACACAGCUUUAUAGAAUGUAUAAGAAGUCAAUCUGUUGCACUCCAUAAUCUAUGUUAUUGUGUUGAAUCGUCCCAUUGGGAUUCAGGUCAAAGUGUAGCCUUCAUUUAUUACUUUUUAUGCUUUUAAAGUUACAAAUUGACUAAUAAAACAGUUGCAUUUGUGUUCAAUAUGGCCAGAAAACUUCAGUACUCCCUUUGAAGGAGAUACAAAUGAGUUAAUGUAAAAUAUUUAUUUGAAAAGUGGAAAUUAUAUGUAAUUCUUCUGCUGUAAGACAAUAAACUGACUGGUUUCUAUGUUUGA